AUGAAAACUCGGCUACUGCCAACUGCCUUUCCAACAGUAUUUCCUCAUUUGGAGGGUUCCUCAAGGAGUGUUCAAAUUGCAAGUAGCUCUUCUAGAGAACCAGCACCAGACCAUUCCUACAGAGCUGCCGUAAUGCUAAAGAAAUUUUACGAAAAUAAAAAAAAAUUACGUAAAGUGGCGGCUCUGGAAAAAACUGAGAUAAUUAAAACUGGUCGUGGCCCAGCACCCAAUAUUAAAAAAGACUCGAACCAUGAUUUAAUAUGGGGCCUCUUGAACGUGAAAACAGUAUACGGGUUAGAUAAUGAAUUUGAUUCUGAUAAUCAGAUUAUUGCAGAACUGGAAGUCGACAUAUUGGUAGAUAGGUACCAAUGGGAUACCAAUUCGUCUGAUGUCAAGUUGUCUUAG